UGCAUUCAAGAGAGUUAACUAGCCAUCAAAGAAGAAGCUAGUUAGCAAGAGAACUCAAAGGGGUGUUCAUGGCGACUCAGGGGAUAAGAAUCAUGCUAUUGCUAGCAAUUUGCCUGCUUCCACUAUCUGUGGAAGCCUUGGUUCGCCACUACAAGUUUAAUGUGGUGAUGAAAAAUGCCACAAGAUUGUGUUCAACCAAGCCCAUUGUCACUGUAAAUGGGAAGUUCCCAGGCCCCACCAUCUAUGCUAGGGAAGAUGACACUGUUCUGAUUAAGGUGGUUAACCAUGUCAAAUACAAUGUCAGCAUCCACUGGCAUGGGGUCAGACAACUAAGAACUGGUUGGGCUGAUGGGCCUGCAUUCAUAACCCAAUGCCCAAUUCAACCGGGCCAGGUCUAUCUGUACAACUUCACCCUAACAGGCCAAAGAGGCACACUUUGGUGGCAUGCACAUAUCUUGUGGCUUAGGGCCACUGUUCAUGGGGCCAUAGUCAUCUUGCCCAAGCUUGGAGUUCCUUACCCUUUUCCCAAACCCCAUAUGGAGCAAGUUAUCUUAUUGAGUGAAUGGUGGAAAUCAGAUACUGAGGCUGUGAUAAAUGAAGCUUUGAAAUCUGGUUUGGCCCCAAAUGUCUCUGAUGCCCACACAAUCAAUGGCCAUCCAGGGUCUGUCCAAGGCUGUACUUCACAAGGAGGGUUUACACUUGAUGUUCAGCCUGGAAACACCUACUUGCUAAGAAUCAUCAAUGCUGCACUCAAUGAAGAGCUCUUCUUCAAGAUUGCCGGCCAUCAACUAACUGUUGUAGAGGUUGAUGCCGCCUACACAAAACCCUUCAAAACUGAUACCGUUGUUAUAGCACCAGGCCAGACCACAAAUGUGCUUCUAACUGCCACACAUGCAACUGGCAAAUACUUGGUUGCAGCAUCUCCUUUCAUGGAUGCUCCUAUUACAGUUGACAACAGAACAGCCACUGCCGCAUUACACUAUUCGGGCACCCUUGGUUCCACCAUCACCACCCUCACUACCUUGCCUCCUACAAAUGCCACUCCAGUUGCUACUACCUUCACAGACUCUCUCAGAAGCUUAAACUCGAAAAGUUUCCCUGCAAGAGUCCCAUUGAAGAUUGACCAUAACUUGCUCUUCACCGUUGGCCUUGGAAUCAAACCGUGUGCUAUUUGCGUGAAUAAUAGCCGCGUGGUCGCGGAUAUCAACAAUGUGACCUUUGUGAUGCCUAAGAUUGCUCUUCUUCAAGCACAUUUCUUCAAGAUUAAGGGUGUUUUCACUGAUGAUUUUCCUGCAAACCCUCCUGUGGUGUAUAACUUCACAGGGACACAACCAACAAAUUUCAACACUAUGAAUGGGACAAGGCUUUAUAGACUUGCUUACAACUCUACAGUUCAGUUGGUCUUGCAAGAUACAGGAAUGUUAACACCUGAGAACCAUCCUAUUCAUCUCCAUGGCUUCAAUUUCUUUGUAGUUGGCAGGGGACAAGGGAAUUUCAACCGCAAAAAGGAUACCAAAAAAUUCAAUCUUGUAGAUCCUGUGGAAAGAAACACAGUUGGUGUACCAGCUGGGGGGUGGACCGCUAUCAGAUUCAGAGCAGAUAAUCCAGGGGUGUGGUUUAUGCACUGCCAUUUGGAGAUUCAUACAACAUGGGGACUGAAGAUGGCAUUUGUGGUGGACAAUGGUAAAGGACCAAAUGAAUCUAUAUUACCACCUCCAAGGGACCUUCCCAAGUGCUGAGGAAAGUGCUAAUUAACAUUCUAUGCUCAAUGAGGAAAGGCAAACAUACAAAAUUUAAGGAACUGUAUAUGUCAAAAGGAGGAUCAAUCAGUAGACUAAUAACAAGAUUUUCUUGGAGAAAGGAAAGGAAGAAAAAUAUGCUGAGAGGGGAUAGAAUCAAUUGACAAGUCUUCAUCUAUUUUCUCCUUUUUCCAUCUUUUUUAUUUCAUAGAAUCAUAGUUUGUGCUCAUAUUUGUCUUGUUGGAAUGAUAUUUUUUGCUUUAAUUAUGAAUACAAAUGCUAAUGAACUUUUAAGA